AUGUCGAGGGAGCGCCGCAUCUUUCUUAAUGACCAGAGGUCGUUGGCGCAGAUUCGCCGCAGAGAAAUGCAGCAGAUUCUAGAGGACGAUAUCUCUUCUGAUGAAGAAGAAUCCAAGAAGCGCCUUGCAUCCUAUCCUCCUGUGUCCCACGACGAGGCUGCGCUCAUUGCUGCCGAGCUACAGACUGGGGACCCCAGCACCUACCCGCUAGACAGGCUGGAGUACUGCGUAAGACACCUCAGAUACUGGAUUAACAUGCAGGAUAAAUACACGCUGCACCUAGCGUCGAACGAGGCUGUAAUCCGUGCUAUCAUCGCAUAUCUAGAACUGGAAUAUUCUCACUACAGAGCUGCGCUCCAAGGGAACAGCAGUGCUGACCCUUUCCUCAACGCCAUAUAUGAAAUAACUUGGCUUCUUAGCAGUCUUUCUUACUACUCCAGCACUGCAGAACGUAUACUGUAUCAAAAGCAUGAAACUUUGUUGGGGAUUCUCUCAGAUAUUAAGCAUACACCAGCAUCCGAAACCUUGUGCAUUAUCAUUCUCAACAUUACCUCGAGCAAGCAAAUACGCCUCACGCCUUUAGAGUGUACUAUCAUCUUGCGGUUCUUUUACAAGCAUCUCCUCAUGGAAUAUCCAGACCUGUUCUGCCAGGCAGAGGCACUCAAGCAGAGUCAAAUACCACAAGAGAGGCUCAACGUGAGCUUCAUCUCAAAGUAUGCAAUGUAUAUAAUAGGCAAUCUUGUGUACGCAAUGAUAUCUUACUACGAGACACACUUUCCUUUGAGCUAUUUACAAGCGGGGACAGACGACGACUACCACGAAUUCGAUUUCACUGACGAGGGGGACAUCAUAUCAACUUGUUACUAUGAGGGAAGACUACAUCACCCAUAUCUCUGUCCGACCUUCGUGGCGGGGGUAGUCCGCAUUUCAAGAGAGGAAGAGAUUCAAAUAGAGGAGGACUUUGUGUCUCAGUCGUUCGUCCAGCAAGUAGUCUUUAUCUUCCGCGCGUUCUCUCACAUCUUCGAACUCGGCGUGUCUAUCUUUAUGUUGGUCCCACCAACUAAUGUGUCCUUUAUGAACCGCAUACUUUAUAUGCUCAUAGCUCUACUGGAGGCGCACAUAACGUCCUUCUGGUCUUGUGUUGAGCUUUCUGUAGCGUAUAACGUGGAGUUUAUGAACAAGCUCUUCUCCCUCAUGUCUUUUCGCAAAAAGAACCUGACAUCUCUCGUUGUCUCUGCAAUAAAUAAGAUUGUACAGUCAAGGUCUUCAUAUCAAGAGCUGCAGCUGAAGGAGCGGCUGACUGCGACGUGUGAGGACCCCUUCAUCUCUGCACAAGUGCCGGGGAUGCCGUCUCUGUCUGCGGGGGCAUCUAUAUAUGAUGUUGGUGGGCCGCCGAAUUCCCCUUCUCUUGUGCUUCUCAUCGAAAAGACUUUCACACAAAUGGCUCCAUUGUCUACGAGCUUCACUAUCCAGAUCUCUUCCAACAUGAGCUCACUUUUGGUUUAUGUAGUCAACAACUUUCUAGAAGCAAUCUCCCCUAACGAGCACCUGUUCAACCAAUAUAUAAGGGUUCUCAAGAGCAUGCCUCUCAACAAGAUUUCCACAGCUCUGUACUCCUUGACGGAGGCCCUUGUUUCUAAAGAAGCUAUCUAUCUCCCAGACACUUGGAAACACAUAUACGAUAUGCUGAUCUAUUUCUGCCGCUUUGGAAACACAAAGAAGAAGUUCAAGGAUGUCCUGGUGGGCUUUGUCACCAAGUUGCUUGAAACGUAUCCGGACACAACGGAGUUCUUCCUAGCAGUUGGUGGAGAGAGCUUCGUCACCGAUAACCUAGACCAGCCGCUGUUCGAGAAGAUGGCUGGUGAGUUAGAGACUCUUGCUUAG